GUGGACUGUUCCUUUAAACAUCAUUUAAGCGUUGUGAGAAGGAACGGCAACAUUCUAAAACCAAAUACAGCAAUGCUGACGGACACAAAUAGUCACUACGACGUCUUUAUCCUUGAGCAAUGUUCAGCGUCCCUUCCCCACUUGGCAUGGUCCACUCCCAGAGUGUCCAGCUCCUGUGUCUCACGGCAUCCAGCGGCGUUCCACUCUUCUCCCGUGGCUCCGCCAAGCAGCUGCCCUUCUCCAUCAUUGGUUCCCUGAAUGGCGUGCACAUGUUCGGGACGGGUCACAACACCACUCUGUCCUGCUGUGAGACUGAACAAGGUGGACGUGUGCUCUGGAGAGUCUUCCACGACAGCCUGAUGCUCAUCUGCGUCAGCAGGAAUGCUAACGUUAGCGAGCUGCACUUGCGGCGUUUGUUGGAGAACACCUGGAACUGCAUGGUGCUUGUGUUGGGCCUGGACGAGCUGGCUAAUGUGCGGAACGUAGAGCGGCUCAAGAGAGAGCUGCGCUCUUGCUAUCGGUUAAUCGACAUGCUGCUUGAACGCAGAGUGGAUGAUCGCGAUCGUGAUCCGGGUCUCAUGGGAGAUCUGACGCACUGCACUGACUGUAUCCUGCUACCUCAUCCUGACCUCCUCCAGGAGACGCUGGAAUCCUUCACCAGGGCUGCCGAGAGCGAGUUCGGCUGCUUGCUUGUCCGCGGGCGACUCGCAGUAGCGACCGAGAAAUGGUGGCGUCUCGCUCCACAAGAGCUCGUCCUUCUUUCCGCCUUCGCAAAUUUGCCCCCUGGGAAAACAUCAUGUGACUAUCCAGUCUUUUUACCUCAAGGUAGCCCUAAUGUUGCGCUCAGGCUGCUGUGCUUCCAGCUGCUCCCGGGUGCCGUCGCUUGUGUCCUGUGUGGCCCCAAGCCGUCUCUGUAUCAGCUCGAGAAUGAGCAGGUUUGCCGGUUUUGGUCUCCCGUAGUGGAGAACCUGCGAUCCUGUUUGGACCAAGCCGAACGCUCAGCUCUGUCUCCUUCCAUCAGUUUCCGCCGGGACAUCCUCGCUCUUCUUCUAAUAAACCGGGAGUCACGCAGAUCAGUAGCGUCUCUUGGCCACGCCUGCUCGAAAGCCACGCCUCUUCUUUCAGCAGCUCGUCGCUGGGAGCUUCUGCGCCUCUUUUACACGUUUUCAGUAACGCGCUAUUUCACCUCGGAGGAGUCUCCAGGCUCGGAGCGUCCAACUACCGAACUGCUCCAUGAAGAGUUUUCCUCAGGGUUCACACACCUGCCCGUGCACUGCUACCUCGUAACCGAUGAAUGUAAAUGCUACGCCGUGCAGACGCCCCAAAACCAGCUCUUCCUCCUCACCAACCUCUCUGUGCCCACAUUCGCGUUGCGCUCUGUCGCCACACACACUCUCGAUGCCAUCACUACGGCGACUGGCUUUUAAGGCAUCAGAUAGUGUCGGAGUAAUCACUGGGGUUAUUUAACAGUUAUAGUCGGCUAUAAGCCGUGUACGACCAGAUUGAGUGGAAUAACUGUUUUAUUCUAUUCACAUUCACUGGAUUUUGAGAAACGGAGCAUUUUUAUUUUUUGCAAAUUCAGUAAAUAAAAGCUUUAUACAAAACGUCCGACAAAAUAAUUUCCGCUUAACAAACCGGCGAAAUUUGUGAAAAAUGCGAUAAUAAUAAUAAUUCUUGAAAAAUAAAACAAAGCUACGUUCUUACAUCAAAUACUUUUAUUCCAUAUUUUGUUGCUUUUUUUUGUGUGUAUUUUUGGGGUUUUGUUUUCGAGUAGAGUUUUCGAGUAGAGUUUUGGUUCAGUAACAUGCUCCACCAUAUUGUUUUUCUUCUUCUUUAGGGUUUUUUAUCGGUUGACAAACCAACUUAAAGGUGCAUUACCGCCACCGACUGGGCUGGAGUGUGGAACAGGAGAUAUUGAGGGGGGAAAAAACUAUAUUCUUUUAGCUGUUUCUGUUUCUUUUAAAUACUUGACAACAAAGUGAUGUAUCUGACUUGAUGCGCUCCGCCAUUUUGUUUUUCUCUACUCACGGUAUAUGAGCUGAUAGCCUAGUAGUAAAGUAGCCAAUCAGAGCGCGCAAUUGCUCAUAUCCAGUAAAUGUGGAUAGAAUAAAUGGGGAUAUUUUGUAGAUGUUGGUCAAGCGAGCUGCACACAAAGCCUCAAAGUUUGUUUGGACUUUUGUCAAAAAACAACAUUAUUAUUAUUAUUAUUAUUAUUAUUAUUAUUAUUAUUAUUAUUAUGUGUAUGGCUGAUUUUACUGUAUAUUUAAUACAAGAAUCAAAAACAGAACAUGAUGUUCAAGUAGAUAAGCCGUGCGUAGAAUCCCAAAAGACUUCCUAUUCAUUACAAACGCUCGCUACAUAGGGUAUAUAAUGCAAGUAAAAGAGUUGCACAUUCUUAAUUAGUUUUAUAUAUAUACUCAUAUAUUCACUUUUAGCAGCCACGAUUUAAACAUGUAUAUAAAAUAAAUACAUUUCUUUUUCCUACAACACCUCAAGACUAAUUUCCUAAAGCUAUGUUAGAUGAUGUAGGAUCUAAUGAACAUCCAUCCAUACAAACUCCACACAGAAAGGCCCCGUCAGCCACUGGGCUCGAACCCAGAACCUUCUUGCUGUGAGGCAACAGUGCUAACCACUACACCACCAUACUGCCUCAUCUAAUGAAAAAUUUGGAUUUUUUUUUUGCUUUCAAUAUUAUGAAAACACACACAGUACUUGAACAGUGCAAUUCUGACAUCUGUAAAGGAAUUAUAAAAUAAUCACAAUCCCAGCGAAUGCAAAACCGGAGCUGCGUAGCCAUGAAUCUAAUCGCUAUCACUAAUCUAAGAUGAUUUGUAGCAUUUUAUCAUUUUUACGUGUCGUCUUAUCGAGCUAGCCCAAUCGUAGAUAAUUAUAUAAAUGAAAUGAAACAUUUUCUGUGUCUGUUCUUGCGAUGUGGGCAGAAAGUUUGGUGUCCCUUCCAGGCUGUUUCUCCCAGCAUUCCUGGGAUAACAUCUGGAUCCAGCAGAACCCUGACCAGGAUAAAGUAUUUACUUAUUGAACUGAAGACGUGAGUCAGUAUAGUGAUAUGAACCUACAUGGCUACAUACAUGUUAUAAGUUUUUCAUACGCACAUACAGCACUGUGCAAAAGUCUUAGGUCUAAGGACUUCUACAUUAUCGAGUCAAAACAGUACAAAAACAUUUUAAAGCUCCAGAUGUUUGUUUCUUCCAGAACAAAAUUAAACGUUACAGAAAAAAAAAUUGUAUCUGCUAUCUGAGCAGCAUAUUCCAUAAGAGAGCGCUUUCCAGAUUAAAAAAACAAAACAUAAUGAAGGCUGCUGGGUUUUGGUGCAAAAUGAAGACGUGAGUGUGACAGUCAAAGUGUCCAGAAGAACUGUGGCUGGUUCUGGAAGAUGCUCAGUAAAACCUACAGCUCAUUUCCGCAUAAAACUGCACUCACUGGACCUGAGACAACUAUUUUAUUUUUAAAGCAAAGGGUCGUCUCACACCAAAUAUUGACUUUGCAUUUAUUCAUUGAUUAUGGCUUACUGAUUACUUUUUAUAGUAUUUUUUAAAAUGUUGAAACAUUUCAUUAUUUUUUUAAGCCAUUUUUGGUCAACAGCAUUUCUUUACACGUGCCUAAGACUUUUGCACAGAACUGUACAUGCACGCUCACUGGAUUUUUUUUUUUUACUGCACUGUUCUGAAUAAACACUAGAAACUUUUUUUUCUUUGGUGUGUGUGAAAAUCCCACUGAAAUGUUUCUGAAAUACUCAAACCAGAACUAAGUCUGGCGCCUCCAACCACAUCGGGGUUAAAGUCACUGAGAUCACUUUUGUGCAUCAUUGUGAUAGUGGAUAAACUUUAACCAAAACUCUUGACCUGUAUCCGUUUGAUUUUUGCUGACACUGGAGACUCUAUCCAUCCAUUAUCUGUAGCCGCUUAUCCUGUCCUACAGGGUCACAGGCAAGCUGGAGCCUAUCUCAGCUGACUAUGGGUGAGAGGCAGGGUACACCCUGGACACUGGAGCACCCGGAGGAAACCCACACAGACACGGGGAGAACAUGCAAACUCCACACAGAAAGGCCCUCGUUGGCCGCUGGGCUCAAACCCAGGACCUUCUUGCUGUGAGGCAACAGUGCUAACCACUACACCACCGUGCCGCCCCUGCACUGGAGAAUCUUUUCAAAGAAUUUGACAUCAACGACUUCUGACCCAAAACCGCCAAGUCAGUAUGUCAGUGAUUUACACACUUUUUUUUUUUUCUUCCAUAGAACAUCUGGUAGACUGUUAGAACUGCUGUAUGGAAAGUUAAUCAAAACCUUCUGACUACUCAGCAGAGCUGGACAAAGUACCCAACUUCAUUACUUAAGUCAAAGUACAGAUCCCACUGAUCAAAUGUUACUCCGAUACAAGUGAAAGUUGUCCAGUCAAAUUUUUAAAGUACUGAAGUACUUGCUUUUAAAAAUACUUAAGUAUUAAAAGUACAUUUUCUGUCAA